AAUCUUACAUCAGGAUCACUGACUUCCAAUAUCGUAGGGACGUUUAUAGCAUGUCCCUGAUUGAGGUAGGAUACCAAUAACAGGGCAAAGUCUAUCACGAGUGGACCCGAGGCCACCGUUGUUGUGACUCACCCAACUGAGAAACACUCCUAUUUCACAAUAGAGGAUUAGAGGGACAAUGAACGAGUCAUGGAAGCUGAUAAUUCUACAAUUAAUAGCAGUGGGGUCUCAAGCAAGCCCUCUGACGUAGCAGACCACACUGAAUAUGCUUCUUCUCCAGCUGAGCAAACCACACAGUGCCAGGAUGUUAAAUUUGAAGGUCAGCACAAGAGGGCGGUAUCUCGUUACAUUACAGUUGAAGUACCUCUCGCCCUAACAGUUCUCACGUAUCAACUGAUAGCAACAAUGAAGGCUGAAUAUCUCCACGAUCGACUCUCAGCGAAAUACAAUCAUUCGCUGAUCCACAAUAGCUCAGCAUCGACGUGUGGGCCAAGCACAAAUUUAAACGAAAGCCAUAUCGGAGAUAUGAUUCAGGCUGAAACCUCCACAUGGCUUCUCUACCUGGGUCUAGCGUAUUCCAUCCCGGGUGUCUUCAUGGCUAUUCUUGUCGGUUCCCUGAGCGAUACCUUCGGCCGCAAACCUGCUCUGUGUCUGAACAUCAUAGGGAGCUGUCUACUAUCCACGGUAUACCUAUUCAUCGUCUAUUACCAAGCGCCGGUCGAGUACCUGCUGAUAGGAGACUUUAUCUCCGGCGUGACCGGAGGUCAAGCCUUGCUUCUUUCGACCGGUGCGGCUUAUGUUGCGGAUGUGACGUCAGAAAAGUCCAGGACGCCACGAAUCAUCUUUCUCGAGACAAUAUUCUUCAUAGGUAUGGGUGCAGGGCAGAUCUCCCUUGGAACGGCAUUGCAGUACAGUCCGGAUCACUCGUUCAGAAAGUACCUAGCACCACUAUGGCUGGCUCUUGGUUGCGCCCUAGCGUCACUUGUGUAUACCGUUCUUCCUAACGUCCUGAUAGAAACGGUGGAUAGACGGAAUAGAAGAAAAAGUGUAGGAGUAAGGGUGUUGGUAUCUGGGAUUGUUGAUAUAAUCAGGAUAAACAACAAUGGCAGGCGAUUAAAGGUGAUAAUGUACACGGUUGUCAUGGUUUGCAUAGUCAUUACAGCCAAGUGCCAGUCGCAAUUAACUAUAGUAUACAGUCUCGGGGAACCGUUCUGUUUCAACCCUCUGAUGGUUUCUAUUCUGACCGUCGUUGGUUUAUCAAUCCAAGCUCUUGGUAUGAUAUUCAGCGGUGCUGUCCUAGGUCGUAUUUUGAGUGAGAACUGGAUUCUUCAGCUAAGUUUCUGGAAUACCGGACUUUUUUUUCUUAUCGUUGCUCUAGCACAAAAAGGUUUUCAAUUAUUUAUAGCUGCCGGUAUCGGGGUGUUUGGCGCCAUAUGUUUCCCUGUCGUACGAUCACAACUCUCCAAGCUAGCUAGUGAACAUGAAAGAGGUCUGAUGUUGGCGUUUGUCGGAUGCAUGGACAGUAUAGGGACCUUAUUGACACCCAUCAUCCUGAAUAAUAUUUACUCAGAGACCGUCUCGUUUUAUCCACCUUUGGUCUUCUUCUUCAGUGCAGCGUUUGAGAUCAUCCCUACCGUCUGCGUCGGUAUCCUACAGUGCAGGCAUAGAAGAGAAGUUAAAUAUCACGUGAUCAAUAGGGAGAACAUUGAAGAACACAGUGAAGCACAAUGACGUCACAAAGCAAUCAAUCGGACAUCUGGCAAUGUGUCGUGAUCGACGUUUACUUUUUUUCGCAAUGGAAAUCUACAAUAACGCCAAUUAACUUGUUUUGUUACGCAAUGGAAGUGUCACCGAAUGAAGUGGACUUUUCGUGUCUAAACUGGACGGGGGUAGGUGGCUCCUAAGGGACACGCAAACGCAAAAAUUUGACGUAUAUCUAUGCAACAUAUUUUUCGUUUUUUACGUUCAAGACGUGAAAAUCCACAAAAUUGAAGUAUACCUUUGCCUGGUAAUUGUUUUCGUUUGUCUGUACUCAAUGGCCCUGAAGGGACACGCAGACAUGAAAAUCUGCGUCCGAUAUUCACGUCUGCGUCUCCCAAAAGGGACGCGCAGACGUGAAUAUUGGACGCAGAUUUUUUCUUCUUCACGUUUUGGACGUAAACAGACAAUAAAACCCUUGCAUAGGUGUACGUCAAUUUUGUGGAUUUUCACGUCUUGAACGUGAAAGACAAAAAAAUUGUUGCAAAGGUAUACGUCAAAUUGUUGCGUUUGCGUGUCCCUAAGGAGCCACCAUAUAGAUAGACAAUUUAUUCUCAAAAGGACAAACAAGUGCCCAAUAGGCCCUCUUCAUACACCCAUGCGCUGUGGUAGGAGGUUGCCAUUUUCCCCAGCACCGCACGACCACAUGCAGAUUAACAGCGGUCAUUUACAUUGUGAUGGGGGUACGCCCCCCCCCCCCCCCCAUCAAAUGAUUACACAGUAAAAAGAUCCAAGAGAGAAAGGGAGACAGAGGAAGAAGAAAAAAAGAAUACGGAUGAAGACAAGUAUGAUGGGCCCCAUCUGAUCUACACACCCUUCCCUAAGAGCGCGGAUCCAGGAUUUUGUAGGGGUGGGGGCCCAAAUUUUAAAUCAAUUUGAAAUGUAGUGUGCUGAAAUAAGAAAGUCGUGCUGGCCAAUAUUUCGCUCGGGGGGGGGGGGUAAUUAGUGAGCACUCGUUUUUUUUUUGGGGGGGGGCCCUCGAAAAUUUGAAAAUUUGCAUCUCCCAAAAAGGUAACAUUAACGUUAAAAAAAUGUAAAAAUACACAUUCUUUGAUACCAGUCUCUAGCUGAUUGAUAGAACCUGACGUAGUUUACUCGUUUUUAUAGAAUUCUUAACUCACCAAAUAUUUACUAUAUUUUUAUGAAGCAUUAUAGUUAUAUAUGUAUAUUUUGUACGUACUGUACACUGCCAAAAUGUUUACGUAUAUUCUCAAUUACAUUUGGCAAUGUACAUAACUCAAAUAUCGAAUGUACGGUGUAUACUAUUAUGUAACAAAUAAAGUCAAAUCCAAGUCAUA